UGGUUCUAAUUUGUACAUGCAUGCACCAUUGAUGCUAACUCGUGCCCUUUUGAUUUGUUAGUUGCCACGUCAAAUUGUAUUGUAAUGGGAUUAUAUUUUACUUUACAAGCCCACUAUGCUUCAAAACAUGGUUGUAUUUCGACGAUUACAUGUAUUAUUCGCGUUCAUUUUCUUUGCCUUCAUUAUUGUCGUGUAUAAACUAUUUUCUAGGAACACUCUGAACAUUAAUAUCUUAAGUUCUUCAAAAAGUGUUGACAGCACGUUAUCAUGGACUGGCGUUCCAACACCUAAGAAUUCUUUGGUUGAUUGGAAAAAAGUUGACAUUAUGCGAAAGUUACCAGAAUCAGUAGACUGGUCAAAAAUUAAGCAAAGAAAAAGGCCUGAUAAAGCAGACAUGCAUGACCAAUGGAUUGUUGUGACUUCAAUAGCCGCCCCAACGGAAGAUGUCAAGUUGCUGUCCAAAAUCCCAGGUUGGAAACUGCUAGUUGUUGGUGAUAAAAAGACACCAAAAUCUUGGAGUCUACCAGAUGCAGUAUACCUGGGCAUAGAAAAGCAAGUAGAACUUGGGUAUCGUACAGCAGAAGUGAUGCCAUACAGCAACUAUGCCCGCAAGACUAUUGGUCAUCUUUAUGCAAUACAACAUGGGGCGACUAUGAUUUAUGAAACAGAUGACGACACACAUCCUUAUAACAACACCAUAAAAUUUUUCCAGAAACAAAUAGGUGACUUCUACGUCUAUAGCACAGACCGUAACAGUGUGAACCCAUAUGCACAUUUUGGCCAAGCAUCCAUAUGGCCAAGAGGGUACCCUCUAGAAAAUAUUGCCCUUCCCCCUGUUUAUAAGUUUGUCAAAUGCAAAGAUGUCAGAGCUCUUAUUCAGCAGGGUGUGGUGGAUGGUGACCCUGAUGUGGAUGCAGUUUUCCGACUUACUCGCAAAGAUAUUGGUGUGCAGCUGGACCUAAGAUUUGAUCCAAAAGCUCCACCUGUUCUCAUUCCCCCAGGUGCAUACACACCCUACAACUGCCAAAAUACUUUACAUUUCAAGGAUGCAUUCUGGGGUUUGGUGUUGCCACCUAGUGGCACAUUGCGUGUGACUGAUAUUUGGAGAUCUUUUUAUGUACAACGUUUGUUGCAAGAGAUCAAUGGAUAUCUUGGUUACUUUGGUCCAACUGCCUAUCAGGUGCGUAACGCCCAUAACUAUCUUCGGGAUUUCAUUGAUGAAGAAGAGCUAUAUUACAAAUCAGGGCGUUAUCUUGCCUAUCUGGAGAAAUGGAAUGGAGAAGGACUUGAUUUCUUCAACCGCAUGCUGAAACUUGCAAUUGACUUGGUCAUUGAAGACAUCUGGAAACCAAUUGACGCAGUUGUCGUUGAAGCAUGGAUUGAAGACUUGGUCAGCUUUGGCUACAAACCACCCAAGCUUAGCAAAACACACAAACCAUGUCAGAAAAUUAUUGAAAAAGAAAAAGAAAUGAAAUUUAAUCAACAGCCAUCAUCCUACCUAAGAAUUGGAAAAAAGAUGAGCGAAAUAAUGAAAGGAAUAAAGGCAAAGAAAUGAUCAUGUAGCUAGCUUGAGCUGCAAUGCCAUUGUUACUGUAUUCAUUUCUAUGCAUGGAGCUUCAGAUCCUCAUCUGUAUUAAUUUGUAGUCUCUAGUGGAUUUCAGAUUUCUAGCCCAGAUUGGUAAAUAUUUUCUUCUACUCAUACAUAAUUCCAUAGCUGGAUAAAUCAGAUAAGUGAAGAUAAAUGAUUAAAAUAAAUAUAAUGCAUGCAAUGUUGCCAAAACAUUCCAUGGUGAUUGGUGACCCAAUUUACUAAUUACAAAGUGAAUGUCAUUUGUUUUUUAUAGUGUAACUAACGUUUUAAUGUUUUUAAAAAACAAAUAUUUGUGAGUAAACAAAGAAAACCAUCUGGCUAUAAUUGGACGAUAACUUUAUGUUAUUUCCAAUAUUACUUUUCAACAUAUGCAUCAUGUGUUCAUUUGUUUUACAAACGACGGAAUUGACCGUUCUGUUCAGGGCCUAAGUUAAAAUGCAUUAUGGGACUGAAACGUCAGCAAAGAAAAUCCGUUUUCUGCCCAUGUGUUCUGCCCCAUGAUGCAAAGCUAAU